GUCUCGGAGCGGGUUGCAGCGUGACAUUGCAGUGCCCGUUUCCCUCCCAGCGAAGCUGCCACGGAUGGAUCCAAGAAUGGACGCAUGAGGGCAGAUGACGCACUCAGCCACAGUGAGAAAGCGCGCACACACGUCAGCUCGGGGAGGGCAAAGCCUGCUUAAAAUGCAGCGAACGUGACAGCCGAGCCCACAGUCCAGACUACAGCAGCGCCUGGACGGUAAAGGUGAAGCGGGGAGGGGGCGGGGGGCACCAGCAGCAUGCCAGCCGGAGCAGCCCACCCGCAGACGUGACGAGGAGGAGACCCGCGGAGCCGCUCAGCUGGUGCCCAGAGACGCACGAAGGCGGAGGAGGAGGGACCGAGAGGACUGAGGUGCGGGAAGCGUCGCCCUUUUCCUCGGGGGGGAACCAUGACAGUGGUUCCCGGGGAGAACCUGGAUGAGACUGUGGCACUGGCCGCGCUGUCAGCGCAGGAUGUGUACGACCCGGAGAGAGCCGAGAACCAGGAGUGCUGCGAGCGGGUGGUCGUCAACAUUUCCGGGCUGCGCUUCGAGACGCAGCUGAAGACCCUGGCCCAGUUCCCCGCCACCCUGCUGGGGGACCCGCGCAAGAGGAUGCGCUUCUUCGACCCGCUCAGGAACGAGUACUUCUUUGACCGGAACCGACCCAGCUUCGAUGCCAUCCUGUACUACUACCAGUCCGGGGGCCGGCUGCGGAGACCCGUCAACGUGCCGGUGGACAUCUUCAUGGAGGAGAUCAAAUUCUACGAGCUCGGCGAGGAGGUGAUCGAGAACUUUAAGGAGGACGAGGGCUUCAUAAAGGAGGAGGAGCGGCCGCUGCCCGAGAGCGAGUUCCAGCGGCAGGUCUGGCUCCUGUUCGAGUACCCGGAAAGUUCCGGACCCGCCAGGGGCAUCGCCAUCGUCUCCGUGCUGGUCAUCCUCAUCUCCAUCGUCAUCUUCUGCCUGGAGACCUUACCCGAGUUCAGAGAGGAGGCGCGCGUCUUCGAGGAGCUGACCGUCGGGAACGGAACCGCGCGCGCCGACCCGCCGAACCCGUUCACGGACCCGUUCUUCAUCGUGGAGACGCUCUGCAUCAUCUGGUUCUCCUUUGAGCUGCUGGUGCGGUUCCUCGCCUGCCCGAGCAAGCCCGCCUUCUUCAAGAACAUCAUGAACACCAUCGACAUCGUGGCCAUCAUGCCCUACUUCAUCACGCUGGGGCUGGAGCUGGCGGAGCACCAGGGCAACGGCCAGCAGGCCAUGUCCCUGGCCAUCCUCAGGGUCAUCCGUCUGGUCCGGGUCUUCCGGAUCUUCAAGCUCUCCAGGCACUCCAAGGGGCUGCAGAUCCUGGGGAAGACGCUGCAGGCCAGCAUGCGGGAGCUGGGCCUGCUCAUCUUCUUCCUCUUCAUCGGGGUCAUCCUCUUCUCCAGCGCCGUGUACUUCGCGGAGACGGACGACCCGCAUUCGGGCUUCAGCAGCAUCCCGGACGCCUUCUGGUGGGCGGUGGUGUCCAUGACCACGGUGGGCUACGGGGACAUGUGUCCGGUGACCAUAGGGGGCAAGAUCGUGGGCUCCCUGUGCGCCAUCGCCGGCGUGCUGACCAUCGCGCUGCCGGUGCCGGUCAUCGUGUCCAACUUCAACUACUUCUACCACCGCGAGACCGAGCACGAGGAGCAGUUCCAGUACACGCACGUGACCUGCGGCCAGCAGCAGCAGCCGGCGUUCGGCGAGUUCAAGCGGAGCGACAGCCGGCCGUCCCUGUCCAAGUCGGACUACGCGCACAGCGAGGACGCGGACUCCGUCAAGCACACGAACUGCAGCCCGCGCAAAGCCUGCGGCGGGAAGCUGACGGACGUCUGAGCGCCGCCGUGUUUCUGCCAGCAGCGCGGAUGUCUCCGGUCGGAGCCAGGGGACAGAAAACACGACUUGCAGUCUUCCACUCUGCAGGAAAACUGACC